AUGGGAAAUAGAGUGACCCUUUUGAUCAUGCUUUUCAUUCUUUGUCAUGGUGUGGCCAUGACAAUGGGAUUGUGGGGGAUGGAAACAGAAGAUAUAGAAAAUGGCUUACAUUCAAAGCCAAAGAAAAUGUUCUUGUUGCAAAACUCCAAGCGUUUGGUGAAGACUGAUGCUGGGGAGAUGAGAGUGUUGAAGAGUUAUGGUGGAAGAGUUUCUGAGAGACAAUUGCACGUUGGUUUCAUUACUAUGGAACCAAGCUCACUCUUUGUUCCUCAAUAUCUUGAUUCCACUCUCAUCUUGUUUGUCCGUUCGGGGGAAGCAAAGGUGGGAUUCAUAUAUAAUGAUAAACUGGCUGAGAGGGAAUUGAAGAACGGUGAUGUGUAUCAAAUCCCAGCUGGUUCGACAUUCUAUUUGUCGAAUACCGGAGAUAGUCAAACUCUGCAGAUUAUUUGCAGCAUUGAUCCAUCAGAGAGUUUGGGAGUUGGAAUUUUCCAGUCUUUCUAUAUUGGAGGAGGUGCCAAUCCAGUGUCAGUACUUUCCGGAUUCCAUCCUCAUAUCCUCGAAGCUGCUUUUAAUGUAUCAGGAGUAGAGUUAGGAAGAUUCUUCACAAGAAGACAUGAUGGUCCAAUUGUGCAUGUUGGUGAUUCACAUGCCAAGGCUUCAAGUUUAUGGACCAAAUUCCUUCAACUAAAAGAGGAUGAGAAGUUGCACCACAUGAAGAAAAUGAUGCAAGAUCAAGAUGAGGAAGAAGAAAAUAAUGAUGGUGAAGUAGCACAAAAAACAAGUUGGUCUUGGAGGAAGCUAUUGAAAACUGUCCUUGGCCAUGAGCUACCGAAGAAGAAAACCGAUCUUUAUAGCCAUCACUCCCCUCACUCUUGCAAUCUCUAUGAUAGAAAACCAGAUUAUAAAAAUAGUUACGGCUCGAGCGUUACUGUAGACGGUUCUGAUUAUUCUCCACUCAAAUCUUCUGGUGUUGGCAUUUAUCACGUCAAUCUCAAAGCGGGAUCGAUGAUGACACCGCAUGUAAACCCUAGGGCGACCGAGUAUGGCGUAGUGGUAAAAGGCUCAGGUAGAAUCCAAAUACUGUUUCCAAAUGGAAGCAAUGCAAUGGACACAGAAAUAAAAGAAGGAGAUGUUUUCUUUGUACCAAGAUACUUUCCAUUCUGUCAAAUAGCAUCAAGUAAUGAACCACUAGAUUUCUUCGGAUUCACAACUUCUUCAAAGAAGAACAAGUCACAGUUUUUGGUGGGUGCUUCAUCACUUAUGAAGACCAUGAUGGGACCUGAACUUGCUGCUUCUUUUGGAGUUAGUGAGGAUAGAUUGGAAAACAUCCUCAAUGCACAACAUGAGGCUGUUAUUCUACCAACCCCAUGGACUAAACAUGAACAACAGAGCUAUCAUAACAAAGUGGAUUUUGAGAUGCCUCCAAAGGUAGAAACAAUCAUGACAUGAUUAUGGGGAUUGAAUUUGAGACAUAGUUUUGAGCAGCCAAUUUUCAUGUAUGGUGGUUGAUUGCAUGAUGAUGGUCAUAAGACACACGUCAUUUUUAUUUUCAUCAAUAAUCUUCAUACCAAACUCAUUGUUGAAACCUUUGUAGCUCAAU